AUGCCUAUUUUAAGUGAAGUUCAGGAAAAUAAUAUGGAUGUGGACCUAGAGCUUAAUGAUGACGAUCUACCUUAUGAGGAAGAGAUCCUUAGAAAUGCUUAUUCUGUAAAACACUGGCUACGAUAUGUAGAUCAUAAGAAGCACGCAUCAAAAAAUGUUAUCAAUCAAGUUUAUGAAAGAGCACUAAAGCAACUGCCUGGAUCUUACAAGUUAUGGUACAACUAUUUAAGAUUGCGUAAGAAGCAGGUUCGAGGAAAAAAUGUACAGGACGACGAAUUAGAGGAUGUUAAUAAUGCAUUUGAGAGAUCAUUAGUUUUCAUGCAUAAAAUGCCAAGAAUUUGGAUAGAAUAUUUGUCAUUUAUAACAGGACAGUGUAAAAUAACAAGAAUCCGUCAUUCAUUCGAUAGAGCAUUAAGAGCGUUGCCUGUAACUCAGCAUAACAGAAUUUGGCCAUUGUAUCUAGAGUUCUUGGACAGAUAUGAAAUUCCUGAAACUGGUGUCAGAGUUUAUCGUCGCUAUCUCAAAUUAUGUCCAGAGGAUGCUGAAGAGUAUGUCAAUUAUUUAGUGAAGAACAACAAAUUGGAUGAUGCAGCACAACAGCUUGCUAAAAUAGUUGAUAAUGAGCAUUUUGUAUCAAAAUAUGGCAAGUCUAAUCAUCAAUUAUGGAAUGAGUUGUGUGAGCUUAUAUCAAAGAAUCCUGAUAAAGUUUUGUCCCUAAAUGUUGACGCUAUAAUUCGAAGUGGAUUAAGACGAUAUACAGAUCAACUUGGUCAUUUGUGGAAUUCAUUAGCAGAUUAUUAUGUCAGAAGUGGAUUAUUUGAAAGAGCAAGAGAUAUUUAUGAGGAAGCCAUAGAAUCAGUAACGACAGUAAGGGACUUUUCUCAAGUAUUUGAUGCUUACGCACAGUUUGAGGAAUUGAGUUUGAGUAAAUUGAUGGAAGAUGUGGGCAAGAAAGAACAUCAGACGACUGAAGACGAUAUAGAAAUUGAUCUUCGACUAGCACGUUUUGAGAAUCUGAUGGAGAGGCGAUUAGCUUUAUUAAACAGUGUAUUACUUCGUCAAAAUCCACACAAUGUUCAAGAAUGGCAUAAUCGUGUGAAACUUUUUGAAGGAAAGCCACUUGAAAUUAUUAAAAUCUAUACGGAAGCAGUUCAAACUGUCCAACCAAAACAAGCUGUUGGAAAAAUUCACACUUUAUGGGUCGAAUUUGCAAAAUUUUAUGAAGUUAAUGAUCAAAUUGAUGAUGCCAGAACAGUUUUUGAGAAAGCAACACAGGUUGAAUAUUCAAAAGUCGAUGACUUGGCAGCAGCUUGGUGUGAAUGGGCGGAAAUGGAAAUUCGUCAAGAUAACUUUAAAAAUGCAUUAGACUUGAUGUAUAAAGCUACAAUAAUUCCGAAAACUAAAAUAUCCUACACAGAUGAGUCAGAGACAGUUCAGGCAAGACUUCAUAAAAGUCUCAAGCUAUGGUCGAUGUAUGCUGAUUUAGAAGAGAGUUUCGGAACAUUUCAAAGCUGUAAAAGUGUUUACGAUCGAAUUAUUGACUUGCGAAUUUGUACGCCUCAAAUUAUCAUAAAUUAUGGAAUGUUUUUAGAGGAACACAAGUAUUUUGAGGAAGCAUUUCGAGCGUAUGAGAAAGGAAUUGCAUUAUUUAAAUGGCCGAAUGUUUAUGACAUUUGGAAUACAUAUUUAACAAAGUUUUUAUCACGCUAUGGAGGAAAUCAACUUGAACGUGCUCGUGAUCUUUUCGAGCAAUGCAUCGAAAAUUGUCCACCAGAUUUGGUUAAAAGUUUCUAUCUGCUUUACGCGAAAUUGGAAGAGGAUCAUGGACUUACAAGACAUGUCAUGAAUGUUUAUGAGCGUGCAGUUAGUGGUGUACAAGAGUCUGAUAUGUAUGACAUGUUUAAUUUGUACAUCAAGAAAGCUGCUGAAAUUUAUGGAAUCCCAAGAACCAGACCAAUUUAUGAGAAAGCUAUUGAAAUGCUUCCAGAAGUUAAGUCACGUGAAAUGUGUGUCAGAUUUGCAGAGAUGGAAAAAAUGCUCGGAGAGAUUGACAGAGCGCGUGUAAUCUAUUCACAUUGCAGUCAAAUGUGCGAUCCAAGAAUUACACAAGAUUUCUGGCAGAACUGGAAAGAGUUUGAAAUUCGUCAUGGCAAUGAAGACACAAUGAGAGAAAUGUUGAGAAUUAAGAGAAGUGUUCAAGCUACAUAUAAUACUCAAGUUAAUAUGAUGUCAGCACAGAUUCCAACAAGUACAGAGACAACGAAAAGUGCAAUGCAAACACUUGAAGCUAAAGCUAUGGAAACUAAUUAUAAGCAGAGUUUGGCAUCGACUUCUGGAGCAAAUAUUAUGUUUGUGCGUGGUGAGGUUCAAGGUGGAGAUAUUAAUAAAAGAAAAGAGGAAGGAACUGUCUAUAAUCCUGAUGAAAUCGAUAUUGACAUGGACGACGACAACGAUGAUGAGAACGAUGAAGAAGGAAGUGAUCAAGAAGGAGGUGGGGAAAGUACAGAGCUCAAAAAUAUACCGAUUGAGAAACAAGCUAUACCAUCCAAGGUAUUUGGUGGCUUGAAAAAGAAUGAAAGCGAUUCUGAGUAG